CAGAGGCGGGGGGUUCCUGUCCCCGCGUCCCGGGCCGGGCCGUCUCCCCGGCAUGCUGAGGCGGCCGCCCCCGUCGCCGAGCGCAGCCUCCUGGGCCCGCGGCCGCCUAUGUCGCUCCACGCUGCUGCGCCGGACUCUGUGCCCCGGCUGGGAUGUGACCGGCCCGCGCUCGCCCGGUGCUGCCAACAAUGGAGGCUCAGUAUGAUGGCACUGAAGUAACUGUAGUGAUGGAGGAAAUAGAGGGCACCUACACCUAUGCAUCUCCAGUACCAUCUAAGAAGAAGAAAAAAUACAAAAGUCCUGGAGAUCAAGGGGAAAAGGCCAAAAAACCCAGAUCUGCUUACCUCCUGUACUAUUAUGAUAUAUACUUGAAAGUACAGCAGGAGCUCCCCCACCUCCCCCAAUCUGAAAUUAACAAGAAGAUCAGUGAGAGCUGGAGGUUGCUCAGUGUGGCUGAAAAAAGCUACUAUUUGGAAAAGGCCAAACUGGAAAAAGAAGGAUUGGACCCGAAUUCCAAGCUGUCCACUCUGACUGCUGUAGUUCCAGACAUUCCAGGUUUCCGUAAAAUCCUCCCUCGUUCGGAUUACAUAAUUAUCCCCAAAACCACUCUUCAGGAGGACAGGAGCAAGCAGCACCUAGAACUCUGCGUGGCACAGGGCCAAACAGCAUCUGAUGGAGUAACAGCUUCCACCAACAUCACGAAUGUUGCCCAUGAUGCCAUGCAAAACAUCCUUUCUAUGGACUCAAGCCAUGUUGGCAUUUCUGAACAGUGCAUCGCCAUUGAAGGACUGGCGGAAGAGACUGCCUCAUUUGGUCAGUCAGACACUAUAGAAGAAGUAGUUGCUUCAGAGAUCCUCUCUCAUUAUGUCAGACCCAUAGCAGAUAAAAUGACUGGAGAUAUCCUCCUGGAUGAGGCUUCUUUGGAAAUAGGAGAGGGACAUCCAUAUCAGACUACUAGUGUGGUUAUUGAAGAGACUCUGGUUAGCAGCUGCAGAGACAUCUCCAAUGGGAGCAUUGCUGUGGCACAACCCCAGGUUUCUGAUGGUUUGUCUGUGGUAACAGUGGUGACCGGGAGGGACACAGAUGAGAGCAGCUCCUCCAUGCCCACCACACAGUUUAUUAUGCUACCUCUCCCAGCUCACUCUGUUGUGGAGAACCCAACAUCAAUCAAACUGACAACCACUUACACCCGCAGGGGCCAUGGAAACUGCACCAAUCCUGGUUGUUCUUUUACUUAUGUCACCAGACACAAACCACCAAAGUGCCCAAAGUGUGGGAACUUCCUGGGAGGGAAAUGGAUCCCAAAGGAAAAGCAACCAAAAUGCAAAGCUGAGCAGAGUUCAGGUAUCCCCCUCAAAGCGCCAGGGGCUAAAAGAAGCCAGCAGCUCAUAGCCACAGAGAAGGCAGCUGCUCAGGAGGAUGCCACCAAGUCUACCCUGGAAAGUUCUGAAGCAGUCAGCCAGCUACUGAACGCAGUGCCUAUUCAGGAGCAGAUACAGGACACUGAAUGGGAAGAAGUGAUCAUCUCUGAGGCUCACAUCCUUGCAAACAAUGGGCAAGCCCAGGACAGAGGGAAUGCAGCAGCAGUAAUGCUGGCUAAAGAUAGCGAUGUGCAGGGCAACUCCUUAGAGCAGCCCGAGAAAGACAACAUAGGGAUAGGGUCACAGCCAUCUGCUGAGAUGACAAGUCCACUUGCCAGUCCUCCUGCCACUGUAAAAAAGCCAAUGGGAAUUGAUGCUCUUGCUGCUGCUCCCAAAGGACAAGAACUGAAGAGCAAACCAAAACCCAAGCCCUCUUUACUGGCUGCUGCGAGACCCAUGAGAGCAAUCCUACCUGCCCCUGCUAGCUUGGGGAGGGAAGCCCGCACAGAGCAGCUCAGCAGCCGACAGGGCUUUCCAAGUAACGAUAAGCAUUCCCCUGUGAGAGCCUCGGGCCUGAAGCCCAGUACGCUGAAGCAGUUGGGUCAGUCUGUCCUACAGACAUCUAGCAUUAGUGAGCGAAAGCUCCACAGCAGCCCAACCGGCAGGGCAUCUCAGGUGAAGGUAGUGGAGGUCAAACCAGACGUAUUUCCCUCCUAUAAGUACAGCUGCACCGUAACUUUGGAUUUGGGAUUGGCAACAUCACGUGGCAGAGGGAAGUGUAAGAACCCCUCCUGUAGCUAUGUAUACACAAAUAGACACAAACCGCGGAUCUGUCCCAGCUGUGGCUACAACCUCGCCAAAGAUAGAGCUGAGAAAACUGUGAAAUCCCUGGAGGUCAGCUCUGGUCUUCCUGAUGUGUUGAACACCAGUGAGCCCCUAACACAGUCUCAGAAAGAGAUCCAGCGCCAAUCAACACUGCAGCUGCUGCGCAAGGUAAUGCAAAUCCCAGAGAAUGAGUCGGAACUGGCAGAGGUCUUCACACUCAUCCACGAACUCAACAGCUCACGGCUUAUCCUGUCCAACGUGAGUGAGGAGACGGUCACCAUCGAGCAGACCUCCUGGUCAAACUAUUAUGAGUCUCCAUCUACGCAGUGCCUCCUCUGUAACAGCCCUUUGUUCAAAGGGGGACAGAAUUCUCUCGCUGGUCCGCAGGAGUGCUGGUUGCUGACUUCGAACCGUUUACAGGUGGUUACUGCCCAGGUCAAAGUGUGUUUGAAUCUGCAGUGCCUGGCCCUGCAUAGCUUCACAGAUAUAUACACAGGCCUGUUCAACGUGGGUAACAAGUUGUUAGUGAGCCUGGACCUUCUGUUCACUGUCCGAAACCAUAUUAAACUUGGAGAGGAUCCCAAAGUAGCAGUUGGCAGCAUCCUGGAAUCUGUGCAGGAACAGACUGAGAAAACCCUGAGCCCCGAGGAGCUGAGUCAGCUCCAGGAGCUGCUGUGCAGUGGCUAUUGGGCCUUUGAGUGCCUCACUAUUCGGGACUACAAUGAUAUGAUCUGUGGAGUCUGUGGCAUUGCACCCAAGAUUGAGAUAGCUCAGAGGAAUGCAGAAAAUGUCCUGGCACUAAAGAACAUUGAGUUUACCUGGCCGGAGUUCUUGUCAUCCAGCGAGGUAAAUGUGGAAGAUUUCUGGUCCACGAUGGAGACAGAAGUGAUAGAGCAGGUGGCGUUCCCAUCUAGCAUCCCGAUCACCAAGUUUGAUGCCUCUAUUGUUGCCCCCUUUUUCCCACCACUGAUGAGAGGAGCUGUGGUUGUCAACACUGAGAAGGACAAGAACCUAGAUGCACAUCCGGUGCCAGGUAGUGGGAGUGCUUUGGUGAGGCUGCUUCAGGAAGAAUCCUGCAAACUGGAGCAGAUCAACUCUUAUAGUGAGGAAGAGCUGCAGUAUUUCUUGACACAGUGCAGCAUCCCCUGGGGGGCAGCAGACACGAAGGACCAGCUCUGUUACUCUCUCCUGGCUCUCUAUGACUUUGUACAGAAUGGGGCAGAUGCCAAACAACCCCUAGUCCACCACACAGGAGGCAAAAUCUACAAAGUGUGUCCACAUGAGGUGGUGUGUGGCUCAAAGUACAUUGUGAGAGGGGAAAGUGCCCGGGACCACGUGGACCUGCUAGUCUCCUCACACCACUGGCCACCAGUCUAUGUGGUGGAUAUGGCGUCUUCGGUGGCAUUGUGUGCAGAUAUCUGCUGCCCUGACCUGACUGUUCAGAUGUGGGGGAAAAAACAGGGAUGCUUCUCUGAUCCCAUGGAGCCCCCAACGUGUGUGUCCUGCCCGGAGCUGUUAGACCAACACUACAGUGUAGAUAUGACUGUAGCUGAACACUCUGUCCAGCACCCAGUCACCAAAUCCACAGCCCGCCGAAUUGUUCACACCGGGGCAGAGCGGAACAGCCAGAGUGAUGCAACUGCUCGGCACCAUUCCAUCUCACUGUGCCAAGAGCUAGAGCCUUACAGUGCCAUCAUCACUGCCAUCAAUGACAGCAAAACCAGCAACGUCCGCCAAAGGCCCAUCACCUUCAACAAUGCCACCCACUAUUACCUCUACAACCGCCUGAUGGAUUUCUUCACCAGCAGGGAGAUCGUGAACCGGCAGAUCCAUGAAAUCGUGCAGGGCUGUCAGCCCGGUGAAGUGGUGAUCCGAGACACGCUGUACCGACUGGGAGUGGCACAGAUCAAGACAGAAACAGAGGAGGAGGAAGAGGAGAACCAGGAAGAUGAUGGAGAGGUUGCUGAAUAAACUGCUCUCAACUGGUGGUUAGUCCCUUUCUAACCAUGCAGAUGAGCAUGCUGGGCUGCCUCAAGGUCUUGGCAGACUGGCCAGGCUUAACUGUGGGAGGUAGUUGGUUUUUGUUUUUUUUUUUUUAAACAAAGAAGCUAAGAUACUGCUGACUUUGACUGCUUACACUGACCAAAGAGCCGUGUGCUUCCAGAGGAUCGUGAUUGCUGCUGUGAGCAUAAGUUCCGUUAACAUCCUUGCUUACAGGAUGGGAUUCCCUUCCAAGGUGCUUCUUGGACCCAUUGAUUUGUCGUGCAAUGUGCUGUUCUCACGCAGCAGCUGGGUGGGUGAAGGUGCGGGGGAUCAAUUUCCAGUCCCUGGGAAUGUCUGAGAUGGAAAAGCACAGGGUUGUGUGUUUUUGUUUUUGGUUUUUUUUCUUCCAUGGAUCUUGUUUGCUGACCUUGUUAAUGUCAUCAGUACAGGGAUGGUUGAGGAGGAGCAGGAAGGAAGAAAGGUGGAUGAAAAUGUCCAAGUCUCUUUCUUCCCGCCCCCCCCCCCAAAAAAAAAAACACCCCAAACACCCACCUUUGCUCUGAAUGGAUUAGCAUCAUACACUGACAUUCCUGCUUUGGAAUCACCCCUUCCACCUGGCUAUGCAUUCAAAAGGAUUAUGUUGGGUGGCCUGCAGCUUUAAAAUAGUCAUGUCUGGGUAGCCUCACGGGAGGUGUUGGUGCCCAGAACUGAGUUAAGCAGUCAUAUGGGGGGAGGGGGGUGCUCCCUGUUGUCCUGGUUUCAGUAACUGCAGUACUGCAGGUAUUUAGCCUGUGGAGAGGUGUGUCUGAGUUUCUAGGACUGUUAGCUCCUUAACAGGAGGAGCAGUAAUAAUUAUUUAGAUCUUGAUGGUUAUCUGCGUUACAGAAGAGUUGAACUUGAUGGGUUGCCCUUGACUUGGCUAGCCAAGGGCUAACAAACUUCUUUAAGGACUGCUUUGAGCUGUCUAAGGUGGCAACCUUUUAAAUCAGCAAGGCACUCAAAUUCCACGCACUUCUUUUUGGGCACUUUAUUCUUUUAGCUGUUACAUCCCAUUCAUGGACUUUGAGGAAAAUUUAUAUUUGUCCUACAAUUGGGGCUGAAUGGCGAAAGACAGCCAUGCAGCACUAACAGGAGGCAGUGAAUGCAUCGUAACCAGAGAGGUCCACGAAGAGAGAUUUUUAUAAUCCUCUCCCUACUGAGACUGUGGUUGAGAGGGCUGCAUCCACUCUGCUUUCUGGACCCUUUGCAGAGUGUGGUAACCCAUCCUGCCAUUAUCCCCACAGCACUGUAAACCUUAAGUGGGUCUGUGCUAUCUAUACACUGCCCUCACGAUUUUCUUUUGAUGAGCCAGGUUGAGUCCCCCUUCCCUCCAGCAUAUUUAAACAGCAGCUCAAACCCUGUUUGUAUAGCUGCUUGCAUUGUCCACUGACACCCUUUCUCUGCUGCUGGCCAUAAAUCUCAAAAUACACACGUCUAGUCCGGCUCAAACAAGGUAGAAGGUGGGAUACUGGAAUGGUGGGGAAACCAGGAAAACUUCCAGGAAGCCUGUUCCUUGUGUCGUCAGAACAGUGGAAAAGAGACUUGUGGUGUGGAUGAAAAUUCCCUUCUGUGAAGGGGAACCUACUGAGUACCAUAUCGUAAAUGUAUUAAAUCUGAGCAAAUGCAGUAAUUAUGGUUUGGGGGGUUUCUGUUUAAAAAUGUUAAUUUAUUAUAAAAGACAUUAGUGACUUUUUUCAGUCAAUGAUAAAUUUUAAUAAAUUAUCUCCAAUUUUUUGGGUGAAACUAU